AUGGAUUUCUUUUCUAAAGAAUCGGUGGGCGGGAAAGGUGUAAUUGAGAAAGAUUCUCUUUUCAAGGCUAGAAGUGCUAUAAAGGAAAAGUCAAGCCCUGCUAGUAUGCCUCGAGAGCCUGAGCUACUAUUUGAUUUUCCUUACCCAUAUCUCACAGUUAGUACCCUCAAAGCCAUUGCCUUUCAAGUAGAGCGUCUUUUCAAGUCAGUCUUGUCCCGCCUGCUCGUUAGCAAGUGCCUAGGUCCCGUACGACAGCUCUCAAGCCUACCCCUAAGUCAAGUCCUGUCUCCAGUAGCAGCUUCGCUUCCAGGUCUGCUUCGGGCUAUGCCUUCCUUCGCUCGUAAGGAUCAAGUCUCAUUAUGCUCAAUGCCUUCGUUAAGCAGAGAAAGUCUCGUUCUACAACUCAAAGAAUCAGGUCAAUUAUAUCGAGCCUUCGCCUAUGAGAAAUCAGAAUUGGAUGGAGCAAAGUGA